AUGUUGCAACCACCGGAGCCGGCCUCGAGGCCGCUGAGUAUAAGGACGACGGGCACCAGUGCGACAGUGCAGGACAAGACUGGAGUAACCUGGAAGAUGAACGUCACCAAGGAGAAUUGCUGGGAGGAUUUGAUACUCACGCUAGAUGGAGGUGGCAUUCGCGGCUACUCAAGCCUCCUAAUCAUCCAACGUCUCAUGCACGAAAUCGCCCUAUGCGAGCGCCGGUUACAAAUAGAUGAAGGGCCUGUACAAGGCAGCGAACGACGCGAGUUCAACGAAGACGAGCUACUACCAUGUCAUUACUUCGACUACAUAUAUGGAACGAGCACGGGCGGACUCAUCUCCGUCAUGCUGGCUAGGUUACGAAUGAGCGUGCCACAAUGCCUUGAACUAUACCGUAGAGUAGGACACGAGCUAUUUGGGCAUAGGAGGAGUGUGGUGCCACUGGCCACCAAAUAUCACCACAAGCCGUUGGAGAAGGCCGUACAAGAUAUCGUGCGGCAAUACUGCAAGGAGCAUGAAAACUGUACAGGAAAUGACUGGCAUCCAUGGGUCCUAGAGGAAGAGAACACUUCACCGCAAGCGACGGUGAAUGAAUCAGGAAUAGGCUCGUUACAAAGCUCGACAACAUGGUCAAGUGGUGGUGCGCCGUCAGUCAGUAUUUGUCUGGCCGCCACCCACUCCGGCCAAAUCGACGAAGCAUACCUCCUCCGUUCAUACAAUCACCAAUACGAUCCCGACAUCGCCCCACCUUGGGUCACUCCCUACAACGCCGGCGCAGACAAGCUGAAGAUAUGGCAGGUCACACGAGCUACUUCAGCAGCUCCUUUCUACUUUGAGAUGCUCACCGCUGAGAUUGGUAGCGGGAAGAACAGAAAGCGAAUGAGUUUCAAAGAUGGAGGAAUUCGCGAGAACAACCCCUCGUAUGCUGCGUAUAGUGAACACGCUUCGCUGAACGGCGACGAAAAAGAGCCGGGAUUGUUGCUUUCCAUCGGAACGGGACGCCCGGAUACCACAAAUGACGGGUUCGCGGCAGUUUGGCCUGGCCCGUUGGGAAAAGUCAAGGCGCUGCAGAAGUGGAGCGAAAAGCUGGCAGUCUUCAAAAAUGUCUUGAUCAAAUACACCGAGGGUGAGGACCGUCAUAAGAUGAUGCGUACAAUAGCCAAGGGAGAACACCGAUGGUACAAGCGUCUCAAUGUCGACAAGGGACUUGAAGGUCUACCACUUGAUAACUGGGAGAAGGGACCUUGGACAAACCCACAGACGAACGAAAGGAAAGAGAUUCCUGGUGGCAAAACACUUUCCACAAUGGAGCAAGCGACAAACACAUAUCUCGAGAGGAGUACGAUCGCAAGCCCAGGAGGCCUGACCGAGUACCAACCUCCUAAGAUAGUUUUGCAACAGGUGGCGGAGAGACUUGUGCGGCAUAGAAGGCUAAGAGAAGCAACAAAAGCGGAUGACCCUAAAAGAUGGCAAACGCAUAUGGGACAGUGGCUCACUGGAGAGUUGAAGCCAGAGGAUGCCAUGCGAGUCCCUGUUCAGCCAGAGCCUAGGAAGGGAUCACGGGGCUUCAUCUCUGGAUCGCGGCCGAUUACGCCCAGCGGCAAAGCACCCGACACUACUUCGUGA